GCAACAAACGCAGCAAAAUACAAAAUCACGAACACUCCACCCCUCCUCGCAACCUUUGCCCUAUUCACUUCGCUCAACUGCAGCUAACGGUUAUCCCUAUUUCCUUUUUUACUGCUGCUGCUGCUCUUUUUUUAGGUCACAUUCGAUUUUCGCUCUAAGCUCUUAAUUCGCUGCGGCUACUUCACACACACACACACAUACUCUUAUAGGAUGCCGUUACACAUUUAUGUAACGCUGGCGACAUCUGACGGCAUAAUUAGCCAACAUUAAUACGGCAAGAAUUUAAUAACAAAUCGCUUAGGCGAGAAAGUCAGCUAACGGCUUUAUAAGCAACGCAAGCAGCAGCAGCUGCGAAGGCGGCAGCGGCUAUGGCCAACAACAGCAACUCCUCGGCAACCGCAUCGCUGGCCACAACGCCGGCGACGACGCCAACAGCGCUGACAACGGCAGCAACAACGGCCAAACGCUUGGGCUACACCACGCCAGCAGCGACGUCGGCAUCAGCCUCAGCCUCAGCGUUGGCGUCAGCAUCGUCGUCGGCGUCGGCGUCGUCAACGGCAACAGCAACGGCAACGUCCUCGGUCAUCUGCGAGGAAGUCUUCGAUGAAGCCUGUCUGCCGUCAUCAGAGGAGAUCAACGAUUACGCGACUUUGAUUGGCAUUGAGCCGAGCAAGGAACCGCAUCUGCUACAUCUGGCCAAGGAGGGGCUUAUGGCCGCAUUGCCCGCCGAGUGGAAGAUCUGCUAUUCGGAGGAGAAGAGCGGCCACUAUUAUCACAAUACGCGCACAAAGCAAUCCCAGUGGGAUCAUCCGUUGGACGCUGUCUAUCGGGAUCUGGUCGAGCAGACGCGCCAGAAGCUGGCGACGACAGCAACAACAGCUGCUGUUGGUGCUACUGUUGUUGCCAGUAGUGGUGGUGCAGGUGCGGGUGGUGGUGGUGGCGGUGCCACGCCCAUUAUUGAUAACUCGGACGAUGUGUCGCAGCUGGACUCGGGCAUACGUAGCAUGCAAGGAACAGACGAGCUGCUGGACGAUAUGAGCUCGCCCCUUAACAAUGGCAGCAGCCAGACAGUUGCCACAUCUGCUGCGGCUGCUGCUGCUGCUGUUAUUGCUGGCAGCUCCAAGACGCAUAGCACAGCUGGUGGUGCGUCGGCGUUUCCGGGUCCGAGUGGCUUUAGCGGUGGGGUCAGUCGCUUUUUGGAGACGCGCGGCAAGAGCUUUGGGCCCAUCUUUCAGCCGGUGAAGAACACACGCUUCGAGGUGGCCAAAACGAAUCAGCAAAUCAGUCUGGCCAUGAAAUUUGGCAGCAUGGAGCCGCCCCAGCCGCCGCCAGAGCAAGUGCAACCGCAGAGGAGAGGCUCGUUUCAGCUAUCCGGCACCGGCGCCAUGUUCCUCAAGUCGCGCCGUCAGCUGGAGCCAACGGAGAGCGGCAGCAAUGCGUAUGGUGUCAAAGGUAUCCUACGCGACUCCAGCUUGACGGACAUGCGCAGGCGCUACGAGCGAGAUGAGGAUGCAGCCGGCGUGGAGGAUAAGAAGAGCGUGCGCUUCAAUCUGGGAGAAACGCAACGGAUUUGUAGCUCGCCCAGUGAGGAGGACAAUGCGCGUAAGCAUCAGCAAUCACCGGAGCUGUCCAUGGAGGAGGAGGAGGAGGAGGCGGAGCAGGUCUCCGCGCAAGAGGUGGAUCGCGAGGAAGAAGAAGACGACGACGAGGACGAAGCGCUGGGCCACGGAAAUGCUGUGGCAGCCGGAGUGGCCGUUGAUAGCAACGAAGAUGACGACGACGAGGAGGAGGACGAUGACGACGACGAUGUAUGGGAUGAGGACUUGGCCGACCCAGAUGCCAUGGUCGGUAUGUGCAGUCUGAACCCCUUCAUCAGCGACUCCAACAAGCCCAUACGCAUCAUCAGCCUGCCCAAGGCACAGACCAUACAGAUGCUAAAGCAGGAUGUGGAGCAGACGACCAACUAUUUGGACAAGCUGAAGGAGAGCUCUACGGCGACAGUGAAGCCUCUAUACGAGGACACCGAUUCGGACUCCAAGGGCAGUUCGGUGCGCAGCUUCAUUAUCAAUAAAUCGGAACAGGAAUCGCUGCACGGCAACAAUCCUAGCAAUCCCUUCGAUCUCGACGAGCUGCACAGCAAGCACAGCCACGAGCUGGAGCAGCUGCAGCGCAAGUCCGCGCAGACGCAGGCUCAGCUGGCCAGCGAGAAGCUCGGACUGCGCAGCCUAAAGAUGGCCAGCAAGCUGGUGGGCUUGCUCAAGAGCAAGGAGCACAGCAGCGAGAUGUUGAACGAGGCGGCGGCGUUGCAGCAGCUCCAGCAGGACAUGGAGGCGACGAAGCGAGAGCACGAGUUGCGCCUGAAGAGCCUAAGGCAUGAAUACGAUCUCCGCCUGACGGCACAUCAGCACCAGCUGGAGGAGGCCUUUCAACUGCAGCUGGAAGAGUAUCGCAACCAGCUGGAGCAUCAGCUGCAAUCGAAGCGGGCUCAGGUGGUAAGCGAGCACAAGACGCGCAUGGCCACGUUGCAGUCGAAUCAUGCUGAGCUGCUGCACGAACUGGAACGCGACUUGCGCUCCGAACAGGAGCUGCUGCGGCGCGAGCAUGCCACCAAGCUAAGCCAAAUGCGCGACAAGCUCAAUCACGAGCUGGAGGUGGAGAAGCAGCGACUGCGCGACAAUGGCGAGGAGCGUCUGUACGAGAAGGUGCGCUGCGAGAAGCGCCUGCUCGAGGACAAAUAUCGCUGCCUCAAGGAGAAGUACGUGCGACUCAAGACCGACGUGAAGCUGUCCUUGGAGCGACGCAGUCGCAGGCGUGAGGCACAGGCCCAAGCCCAGGCGCAAGUCCAAGCGCAGCUGGAGCCACACUUGCAGACGAACAACUCCGAAACGGAACGUUCGCUAUCGCAGAAGCCAUCCAUAGGGAACAGCGAGAACCGUUCGCUCAGCUACUCCGAACAGGCGACAACAACGGACGUCAAGCUGAAGCCGCCGGUGCCGCCGAAAACCCACUUGGGCAAGCAGGCGGCCAGCGUUUGUCUGGCCAGCAAGUAUAUCAAGCAGCUGCAGCUGCAGGACGAUGCCAACACCUCGCUGAGCCAGUCGGACACAACGAUUUCGAAUAACUAUAGCAAAGGUCGUUAUCUGUCGGCGCCCUCGGCAACAUUGGUGCUCAGCGACAAUGGCAACUCGGACUCGGAGGCACAGCAACAGCAGCAGCAGCAGCAGGAGCACAAUAACAAUAAUAAUAACAAUAAAGCCUUAACGGUGCCUCGCAAGAAACUCUUCUCGCGCACCAAAUCCGCCUCAACAUCGCGUCUCAACUCCGACUACAACAAACAGCAGCAGCAGCAACAGCAGCAGCAGCAGGUCGAACGUCCAUGCACGCCCGUUGAGAACUUGCGGCACCAGCUGCAGAAGCUGGAGGACCUAGAGGAUCAAUUCCCGGAGCACACGCUAGAUACCACUUACCACUUGCGCUAUCCCUUCACGGACAUUGUGGCCAAUGAGCAUGCGACUGUGGUUGGCUCAGUGGUUGGGUCCGAGCUGGAAUUCUUCAAGCAUCGCAUUCACUUGGAACGGGACUCGGUGCGUCGGGCCAAGGAGUCACUGCGCACGCAGCGCACCAAUUUUCGUUCACGCCAGCGUGAGAUUAAGCAACGGCACAAAAGCCUUACAUUGGCUGCACCCAGGCAUUCGCUGGAUCAGCUGAUUCAGGAGGAGAAGGAGCUAACCGAAAUGGAAGUCAAUUUGCAUCGGACGCGCGCUUUGCUAGGCGAAAAGGUCAUUAGGCUAAGACAUCUGGAGCAGAGUCUGCUGCGCAUCUAUGAGAAGGAGAAGCCCAGCCUGGAGCAAGAGCCGAAGGAUGAUGCAACCACGCUCAGUGAUCUCUCCUCCCAUUCGAGCUCGGGCUUCAGCAGCACCGAUUUUGCCAGCGGCGCGGACCUGCACAAGCGCAAGGAGUACUUUCAGCAGGAAUCGAAUGAGUGCAUACAGAAUCUGGAGAUAUUGAAUGCUGAGAUACGGGAAAUACUGGACAUACUUGGCCAAAAACAGCAGCUGCACCACCAGCAACAGCAGCAACCGCCGCAGCACCACCAUCAAUCACAAUCAUCGCAUGGUCUAGCCCUGACCAUGCCGCUGAUCUCACCCAACGAGCUCAGCUGGUCGCACAUGCUUAGCAGCCAGCAGUCCUCGUCAAUGGCCACGGCUGGCACUGCGAGCGGUUCGAAUCAGAGCAUCAGCACCACCAGCGCUGCUGCCGCUGCAGCAGCUGCUGCUGCUGCUUCGGUCCAUGCACCACAAUCGAUACCGACGCUCGCCGAUCGCUUGGAGACGUAUCGCCAGCUGGCAGCGGGUCGCAUGCACAGUUCAAUGGGUGGUGCCAUCUUGGCCGCCAACACUAUCGUUUCGCAGAGUCCGCGAGCGGUUAACUACACCACCAGCCUGGUGGAGCGAACGCGCGACUUGCGCAACUGGCUGAGGCAGGCGAAGACGGAGCACGAGCUCCUCACGGGCAUGAAUGUCCAACAUGGCUUGGCCAUGCAUACGAGCAGCUCGACGGUGGGUGGCAUUAGUGGCAUCGGCGGCAUUGGUGCAGCGGUGGGUGGCCACUCAACGGCCAGUGCUGCGUCAGUGGCUGGCAGCGGUGCAGUGGGUGGUGCGGCGGCAGCUGCCAACAAUUCAGCUGCUACCGCAGCCCAAACUAAUUUGUAAGCGAAUGAAAUCCAUAAUGCGAAAUCUAGUCCAAAGUCUAGUCCAGUUGUAUCACCUUGCUAGACCUAGUUAUACCCUAUAAAAACUAGUUACAUCUAUGUAUAUAGCAUUAGCAAGCUUAUUAUUAUUAUUAUUAUUAUGCCUAUAGUCUGCCUUUUACAAAGCCUAGCAUUGUUUUUUUUUUUAAUUUGUUCAACUCAGUUGCAGCUGCUAAGCAUACCCUGUAAUACCGAAAUGAUUAAAAACUAAGAAUCAAAUUUUAGUCUGAUAUUUUUUGUUAUAAGAAUAUAUAAAAUGUGUGAAGCGUAGUGCUCCUACUUUAAUACAGGGUAUUUGCAAUUCGAGCAUUACUCGUUAUAGACAACAAUAAGAGAAAAUACUUCAAGUAGGUCUGAUUUUGUAAUUAUAAGUAUUAAAUUGUCUGCAACAGUAAGUUUUUUUUAUAACAGGGUAUCUGCUAGUCAGGCAUGCUAUGUAAGUGUAAAGACAAAGUAAAUUAGUCUUAAUUUAAGUCCAAAUUGUUCAUUGAAUAUGUUAAAAACUCUGUCACGUGGUUUACUCUCAUUACAGGGUAACUGUCAGUCGAGCAUAUCCUGUUAUUUUAGAAAAGAACAAAGCUUACUCAAUUUAAGGCGAACUCUUGUAGAAUCUAAAUUCAUGUGUGCAAUUUUCAGUACAGGGUGUCUGCUAGUCGAGCAUUUUCUGUUAAUGUAGGGAAGAGAAUGGAAUACUCAGUUUAAGUGUAACACUUUCAUUGUUAAUAUUGAAGAGAAUACAUUCACGUGCUAUAUGUAAGAUUACAGGGUAACUGCUAGUCGAGCAUACCCUGUUGUUGGAAAGAAGUAAAGAAAUACUCUAUUUUAGUCGAACCUUAUAGGCAUUAAGAAGUCUAAAGUUAUCUGCGCUAUGUUCAUUACAGGGUAGCUGCUAGUCGAGCAACUUGUUUGUUUUACAGUUAUGCCUAAUUUUAAGUGUUUGCCAACUUGUGUUGAGCUAAGUCACCCAACUAUUAAUUCACAACAAUCAGAUAACCAUUAAGAUACCCUUUAAAUCGCUGUACCACAAGGUAUACUGAGCGAGGAAAGAAAUGCAAUUGUAAAAUCAAAUCGAAUCAAAAAAAAAUGUCACCAAAUUCUAACUAAGUAAAUUAACUGCUAGUUAAUCUGACUGUCAUAGUUAAUCAACACUGAGAGAAAAAUGAUAUCAGAUUUAUUGUUGCAAAUAUUUGAAGCGUGCAAAUGUUUGUCCAACCAAUUCGCAUAGAGUUUACAGGGUAUCCAUAAUGCCCAAAAAAUAUAUAAUAUAUAUAUAGAUUGUUAAAAGACACAAAAGUACUAGCUAUAUAUAUAUAUAUGACGCCUGACAGCUAUGGUAGUACCAGAUCUAUUGAAAACAAGAAAAUUUUAGUUUUAAUUUGUCGCGGACGAAUGCUGAUCAAGAAUAUAUAUAUACCAAUAGUACAUGGGAUCUAGAAGAUGACAUUUCGUGCCCGAUAAAUUUUCUCAAUCGAAUGCCAAACGAUUUUUCUCUAAUGAUUUCUAUAGAGUUUAUCAAGGCCCGUAUGUUAACUAUAUAUAUACUAUAUACUAUACAUCCGAUAUUCACAAGAUUCGACAAAUCUCUGCAAGUGUAUUACUUACAAAUAUUGUAACCAAAAUCAAAUCAAACUUUAAGUAUUCUCUCUCUAUAUAGUUGAUCUUUGAUUGUGACUUCAAAUCUACAAAAUGCACAACUAAAUACUUUAUAUAGGAAACUAGAAAACUAGAAAACUAUAAAUCCAACUACGAAAUAAAUAAUACAAAAUAAAUACGUAAACCCGAGGCGAAAAUUCGAAAUAGGUCAAACUGAAUGACACUCCCAAUAGGAUCUCAGAUUCUCAACUUUUUAGAAAACUUAGAACUCAAAGGGAAAGUGAGAAGUAAAUACGAAAUUAGCUAAAUAAAAGUUAAUAGAAUGCCAAAAGCUAACUAACUGAGCAGAUCUUGACUAUAUAAUAACGGAUUAAAUAUUAUAAAUCAAAUUUUAUUUCUCUUUUUCUUGUUCUGUAUCAUAUCAACAAGAUCUCUUCAGUUAGUUGUCUGAGGCGGGGAAACCAAAGUUAAGAAACCAAAUAAAAAAAUAUUAUUAAAUGUUUUGAAGAAGAAGACGAAGACGAAGAGAGA